GGCCGCCGGUGAUUGUAUGCUCUAUAUAUCUGUCGGUGCACAGGCCAUCGGCGCUGUUGUCGUAUUGGCUUAUUCUGGUUUAUACACAAACCAUCGGUACCAAUGGUUCGUGUGCUAAGUACUUUGACCUCUCUGACGACUGAUACAAUAAUGGACAACCUGGCAGUGAAAUCUGACAGUGAUACACUCCUGUUUUAUUGCAACGGUACUAAGAUCUUUGAUCCUGACGUUGAUCCUGCACUGACGUUGCUGACAUACCUCCGCACCAAAUUACGCCUGACUGGUAGUAAGCUAGGAUGUGGGGAAGGAGGUUGUGGGGCAUGUACCGUCAUGGUGUCCAAAUACUCACCCAAGGACAAAACCAUCAGUCACAUUGCAGUGAAUGCCUGCCUGACCCCCAUCUGUUCUGUGCACGCUAUGGCCGUCACAACUGUGGAAGGGAUCGGCAGCACCACGACCAGACUCCAUCCAGUACAGGAGCGCCUUGCCAAGGCCCACGGCUCCCAAUGUGGUUUCUGUACUCCUGGUAUUGUCAUGUCAAUGUAUACUCUGCUGAGAAACAGACCACAACCUACUAUGGAGGAGAUUGAGAGCACUUUUGAGGGCAAUCUGUGUCGUUGUACGGGCUACAGACCCAUCUUACAAGGCUACAAGACAUUCACCAAGGAUGGAUGCUGUGGAGGGACCAACACUACAUGUUGUAAGAACAUUCCCAAUGGCAUCAGUGUACAAGAGGAAGGUGUAUUGACAACACUGUUUGAUGCAAGCAAGUUCACGCCCUUUGACCCUUCCCAAGAACCCAUCUUCCCUCCCGAGCUCAUGAUCAAUUUGUACGAGAUGGACUCCAGACCCCGGACGUUUGUUGGGGUUCGGGUGGCCUGGUUUCGUCCCGUUACACUGCAGCAGCUGCUGGAACUGAAGGCUACCAAUCCAAAGGCGAAAAUCGUUGCUGGCAACUCGGAAGUUGGUGUUGAAGUGAAGUUUAAGAAUCAACACUAUCCUGUUCUCGUUGAUCCCACUCACAUCCCUGAGCUGACUAGCGUCGAGAGGACGCCCUCUGGAGUUAGAAUUGGCGCCGCCGUGUCUCUGACGUCAGUCAGUGAUCACUUGAAGGAAAUCAUACACAAAGAACCAGAGCAUAAGACGCGUGUCUUUGCGGCCAUUGUGGAGAUGCUGCGCUGGUUUGCUGGACAUCAGAUCAGAAAUGUGGCGACCAUCGGUGGUAACAUAGCAACAAGCAGUCCUAUUUCUGACCUCAACCCGUUGUUUAUGGCAGCCGUCUGUACCAUUGAACUAAGUUCGAAAUCAGGUAAACGUACCGUGAGCAUGGACGGCAAUUUCUUCACCGGAUAUAGGAAGAAUGUUAUCAAGACAGACGAGAUAAUCUUGGCUAUCAAUGUCCCCUUCACGUGUGAGAACGAGUUCUUCUACGGCUACAAGCAAUCUCCACGUCGCGAGGAUGAUAUCGCCAUAGUCAAUGCUGGUAUGAGAGUAGUCUUGACGCCUGGUACUAAUGAAGUACAGGAUUGCAGCCUUUCUUACGGUGGCAUGGCGCCAACAACAGUCCUGGCUACGAAGACAAUGAAGAACAUAACGGGAAGGUGUUGGAGUGAUGGUUUAGUGGAGGCCAUGACCCCCUUUCUGCUCGAGGAUCUACCUCUAACUCCUGGUGCCCCAGGCGGUAUGGAGCCCUAUCGGCAAUCACUCACCCUCAGCUUCUUCUUCAAGUUCUACCUCGCCGUCCUGGAGCAACUUAGACUCAAACAGCCUGGCCUUAUUAGUGGCUCAGCCGUUCCACCUUCCUACAAGUCAGCCAAUCAGCCCUACCAUAAGAACUCAGCUCGAGGUGUUCAGUUGUAUCAGGAGGUACCAUCAGGUCAACCUGAUUCAGAUGCAGUAGGUCGACCUUUGACCCAUCAAUCUGCCUUCAAACAGGCCUCAGGAGAAGCAAUAUAUGUGGAUGAUAUGCCGCCUAUUAAAGGUGAGCUGUACCUUGCAUUGGUCAUGAGCAGGAAAGCACACGCUAAUAUUCUGUCUGUCGAUACCACGGUAGCUCUAGCACUGAAUGGCGUCCACGCGUACGUGAAUGCCGACGAUGUGCCCGGUAAUAACUUGCUGGGAUCGUCACCAGUGUAUGACGAUGUCCUGUAUGCAGAUAAAACGGUAAAUUUUGUAGGUCAGGUGAUCGGGGUGAUAGUAGCUGACAACCAGGCUAUCGCGCAGAGAGCUGCCAAGUUGGUGCGAGUGGAGUACGAAGAGCUGCUGGCUGUAUUCACCAUAGAGGACGCCAUAGAACAAAACUCAUUCUUCCCUGUAAGCCGGUGCAUCCAAACGGGAGACUUGGACCAAGGCUUUGAGACUUCCGAUCACAUCAUUGAAGGGGAGGUGCGGAGCGGUGCUCAGGAGCACUUCUACCUGGAGACAUGGACAACCUUGGUCAUCCCGGGAGAGGGAGGGGAGAUCGAGGUCAUCUCGGCCAACCAAUCACCGUCCAGAACACAGAGCCUUGUAGCGGAGGCGUUAGGCAUCGCAAGCCACAAGGUGGUAUCACGUGUCAAACGACUAGGUGGCGGGUUUGGAGGCAAGGAGGCCAGGGCGUGUCUCCACGCAGCAGUGUGUGCCGUCGCAGCAAACAAAGUCAAGCGUCCAGUCCGCUUAAUGCUCGACCGAAACGAGGACAUGAUGAUUUCUGGCACACGUCAUCCUUUCCUAGCCCGCUACAAAGUUGGAGUAACGAGCUACGGGCAGCUGAGGGCGCUGGAGGUCGAUCUGUACUCUAACGCCGGCAGCACUUACGAUUGUUCGCCGAGUGUACUUGAGCGGUCGAUGCAGCAUGUUGACAAUUGCUACAAGUGUCCCAACGUCAAAGUCACCGGUCAUAUGUGCCGUACCAAUCUGGCAUCCAACACGGGAUUCCGGGGGUUCGGAAGCCCCCAGGCAAUGCUGGUUGCGGAGACGAUCAUGUCAGAAAUCGCCUUGAAAUGUGGACUGACGCAGAUCAAAGUCAGGGACGUCAAUUUUUACAAGGGUGGCGACGAGACAUUCUACGGCCAGGAGUUAAAGCAUUGGAACCUCGAUAAAUGCUGGGACCAGUGUCUUGUUCAGAGUGACUACGACAAUCGCAGACUAGACGUGGAUGAGUACAAUCGUAAAAAUCGAUGGAGGAAGCGCGGUCUGGCCAUUACACCGACAAAGUUUGGUAUCUCCUUCAUCGUCAAAUACUAUAAUCAGGCCGGUGCGUUGGUGCACAUCUACAACGAUGGUUCGGUCCUGGUUUCCCAUGGAGGUACCGAGAUGGGUCAAGGGUUGCACACCAAGAUGAUCCAAGUAGCUAGCAAGACGCUGAGGAUUCCUCAGGAGAAGAUUCACAUUAAUGAGACCAACACCAGCCAAGUGCCGAACACCUCCUCGACUGCUGCCAGCUUCAGCUCCGAUCUCAACGGCAUGGCCAUCAAGGAGGCUUGUGAAACUCUCCUGCACCGACUAGAACCGUUCAUCCAGGACAAUCCCAAAGGUACCUGGGAGAGCUGGGUCGACGCCGCGUACAAAGACCGCAUCAGUCUGUCAUCCACGGGAUUCGGCAGAGCGCGUGAUCUGUACUUCGACUGGGAGAAAGGGAAGGGGGAUCCCUAUGCCUACUUCGUAUACGGUGUGGCGGUCUCUGAAGUGGAGAUUGACUGCUUGACUGGGGAUCACCAGGUGCAACGGACCGACAUCGUCAUGGAUGUGGGUGACAGUCUCAACCCGGCAAUUGAUAUGGGACAGAUUGAGGGAGGGUUUAUCCAGGGCUAUGGCCUGUUUGUCCUGGAGGACUAUCGGGUCAGCCCGUCUGGUCAGCUGCUGACCACUGGUCCUGGAUUCUAUAAGAUCCCCAGCUUUGGCGACAUACCGGCCGAGUUCAAUGUCAGUCUGUUGACCAGGGCACCUAACCCACUGGCCAUCUGCUCAUCAAAGGCUGUGGGAGAACCUCCAUUGUUUCUCGCAGCUUCCAUCUUCUUCGCCAUCAAGGAUGCCAUCCAAUCAGCCAGGGAGGAUGCUGGCAUCCCUCGAGCAUUCCGUCUAGACAGUCCAGCCACGGCAGAGAGAAUCCGCAUGGCAUGCCAAGACCAGUUCACUAAACAGAUUUCUACUCCAGAGGAAGGAACAUACAAGCCGUUUUUCCUGCGUCCUUAAAUUCGAGAAGAAGCCAAAAGUUGACUUAGCAUAUUAGUAAAAUAAGUGCCAAAAAUAAUACACUCUCGUUUUCACGUCCCGUAUUUUGAGCACGGUUUUUGAUUUUUGAAGAAAACUGCACAAAUAAUGAGAUAAUAAUGAAAUGACAUAUUUAGAAGCCACCGUAUUUUUAAUGCAAAUUAAUAAAGUUAUAAAAAGGAGGAAUCCUUGGCAACUUGUAAAACAUAUUCUUACUUUUACAUCUUUUUUUUUCUUUGCCGCGUGUAAAACGCAAACAAAUUGAACUGUUGUGUUUACCUAGUGUGCCUUUUAAUACUGAUUCGGUUAAUUAUCGGCCACAAACGCAUUCUUAAAAGAAAAAACAAAUAAACGAAGACCGGAUGACGUACUUACCCAGUAUGCAGUAUGUGAUAUGUAUGUUGCUCCGGACUAAUGUCUGAACUCACGUGUUAGCGACAAGAGCGAUGUCAUCUGCGAAUAGAAGUUCUCGAACGAGAAUUGGUGAACACCUGGUCUUAGCUCUGAAGUGCUUUACCAUUUGCUAGAGAGGCAACCGCUUUCACUAUAACUCUUUCAUAAUUGGUGUCUUAUCUAGUAUUGUUAUGACAUCUUGCUGUUGGAUGUUGGCAAGUGUUGUGGCUUCAAUGUCACCAGGUACACUGAGUAGCUUUGGAAAUGCUCUGUCUACCUCCCCAGGACUCUCUUACUGUCUGAGAAGAUCUCCUUGAUUCUGUGGACCCCAAACUUGUCUGAAUCCCUGAUAGAAAUAUCAUUCCUGUCUGCUGCCCGCUGAAGAUCUUUUGCGUUCUUUUCCCACCAUUACAGUUUUCUAGUAUACUUUUGUAACAGCCCGUAAAUGUCUUUAUACGCUGCCACUGUGGAUCUAGCACUUCUAGUCUGUAACACUCUUCGGUGGUCCAGGUCUUUCUUUUGCAUUAGUAGUUUCAGUUUGGAAUCUUUAGGAUCGAACAAAUCUUGGUGUUUCCGAUUGGGCUUACCAAUAGCAUAUUUUGCUAUGUCAUACACAACUUUCCACUCCUGGUCCAGAGACGAACAUUCUUGUAUUUCCAUAGUGCCGCUUUCAUCUCCUGUUCUAAACUUUUCUGUACGCAACAAUAUGAAGCUUUACAGUGUCUAGCUUGAAGGGUCUAGUAGAGCCUAGCUUGUUUGUUGUGUUUAGGCGAAUGGUGAAGGCGACUUUGGAUCUUGGCAACUGGUGAUCGGUCCAGCAAUUAGCUCCAUACAGCUCGGGUGCUGUGGAUAUCCAUCUUGUCUCGCUGCCUUGUAUAAAUGAUGUAAUCGAUCAUAUGCCAAUAUGUCUGGAACUGGGUGCAUCCAGGUGGUUUUGUGAUUGUCCCUCUUCUUAAACAAGCCAAAUGCACACACACAAACACAGGGCAAGCCUCUCUGUUUUACAAAACAGGUUUAUUGAAUAUCAAACGGCGCAAUUUUUCCAUAUUGUGUUCGUUUCAAAUAUAUCGAUGUAAUGUGAUGAGUUUUUGUACAUGUACAUUGUACAACAUUCUUGUAACUAUUAUGUUUAUUUCAGUACGGGAGUAUGUUACGUUUUGACCUGCUAUAGCAUAUGAGGAAUAACCACAUUAAAGUUAGAAAUGUUUAAACAAUGUUGUAGAGCACAGCUCGUUACCUUUCCAGUGGCACCAAAUUUAUAGCUGAAGCUCAUUAUUAUCAUGGUUUACAUAUUUCUAUUUCAAAUUCAUGGAAUUCAGCCUUUGGCUUCGGUAGUAAUUAUGCAAAAUAAAUCACAAACCACCUGAAUACAAUUUAAAAAAAAUUGAAUACCUUUUAAACUGGUUAUUUGACAAGGAGUUGAAUUUGUGUCCUUGUUUUUGUUAGCUAUUAGUUUCGGUUAUUUCGUCUUCUCCUAUGAGCAAUUAAUCAUAAUAUACAAAAAAAUAUAAACAAAGCUCCCUGCAGUUUUAAUUACCCGUAAAAUACUUAGAAUUUACCUAAGGCAUACUAUCACCAUGAUCAAAUAUCAUGUUUUAUAUUUUAUUGAAUAAGUUGUAUGGGUUGACCUUCAAGGAACAGGACCACUUUCCUGGUAAUGAGACACAUCUAAGGAAUUGCCAGUUUAGCCACAAGGUCCGCGCUGGUUGAUGCUGGGCUGCACCGAAAGGCCACAGUGAAUCAGCCCACCGACUUAUAAGGAAAUGCGAUUGUUCUAUUAAUUUGCCUAGCCCUGCCCCCAGAUACAAGUUGACCAAACACCUUUAAUCUUGUAUUAUUAAUGUUCAAUAGUUAGUGAACAAUUCCUAAUAAGGCAAGAAAACCUGUAAGAUAGCUGUUAGAUUGGAAUGUCCAUUACCUGUAUAAAAACCCAGUAGAAUCUAGAAAUCAGACAGAGAGCGUCACAGCCAACCGAAUAAACCUUCAGCUCAAGUA